AUGCUCCCAAACACCCUCCUUGUCGUGGCUGCAAGCCUGGCCUCUGCUCUCGCAGCAAGUGCAGGAUGUUCUGCUGCCCUACCCUCCGGCCUCACUCCCGGCGGUCCGUCCCAAAACAUCACCGUCAUCUCUAAAUCCGUCAUUGGCAAGACAACCCAACGCCAAUUUCUCUUACAUCUGCCUCCGAACUUUGGGGCGAUGAAUGAUCAGCCUGCACCAGUGAUACUAGCUUUUCAUGGGCAAUUGCAGCCAGCAUGGAGCAUGGAAAGCGUGACUGAGUUGUCAAAGCCAGCAUUCAACAAGGAUUAUGUGGUUGUUUACCCGCAAGGACUAGCGGUACAAAGCCCUGGUUGGCUUUCAGACCCCCUUGCCCCUCCAUCCUCGGUCGUCGACGACCGCAUCUUCGCCACAGAAAUCCUAGACCACCUGACCUCUCAUUUCUGCAUUGACGAAUCCCGCGUCUACGCCACCGGCGUCUCGAACGGCGGCGGUCUCACCACCCUCCUCGCAUGCGAUGCUGUCUUCAACAAGCGCAUCGCAGCGUUUGGUCUCGUGGCUGCUGCUACCUAUCCUGAUUCCUCCCUGACCGAGCCUCUGUUUGGUAAGGGUUGUCAACCAAACAUUGCUGCUAAUCGCCAUGUUCCGAUACUCGAGUUUCACGGCCUGAAUGAUAGUGUGAUUGCUUAUUCUGGUAACAACGGCAAUAGUCCUGCGUCUAUUCCUGUGGCGGAAUUUGUGCAAAGUUGGGUGACGAAAAAUAGGUGUUCAGGUGUGUCUCCCGUAGUCAAGUCUCUUGAGGGUGGGACGGUCAAGGAGACGAGUUGGAGCUGUAGUGGUAAGGCCAAUGUGAUUGUGCACCGGGCCAUUGCUGGAUUUGGACAUGGGUGGCCGGGUGUGGCUAAGCAGGCAGAUGUUUUCGAGCGGUUGAGGCUGGGACCCACGACAUGGAAUGCGUCCAAAGUAAUUUUAGAGUGGUUUGGCCAGCACAAAUUGUGA